ACACUGACAACAGAACCACUGCUGGGAUCUUAACCAAACACACUUGAAACAACUUCUAAUCUACUGAUCUAAACAGAUUCUUAAAUAAAAAAAGAUGGACUCUGAGAUGAAUUGCGACGUGAGCCAGAUGUGGAGCCCCAAUACAUCCUCAGGACUGGACUUUGAGAUUACCCAUCAUCCACUGACGAUGAGGAACGUGGUCAACCUCAUCGUAGCCAUGGAGAGGAUGAAGGGCAGCAGCUCAGAAUCAGUGUUGAGCACCGAAUUCAGAGAUGAACAACUGCUCAACGUCAUAAUGGAUAGCAUAGUGGAAGAGCAAAUUAUGUACGAGUGUGAAUCAGCUCCACCAGUUCAGAUCAGAUGGACGGGCGAGGAACAGCAAAGCGUGACCGACAGCGAGAAGAGGAGCUUAGUUCUGGUGGAGAACAGCAUGGAGCUCCACGCAGUGACGCUGCAGGGAGGCGCGGAACCCAGAAAAGUUUUCCUGAACAUGUCGACCUUUUUGCACCCUGCAUCCACUAUUGAGGGCAGAACUGUGGCUCUGGGCAUCAAGGGCAAAAAUCUCUACCUGUCUUGCCAUAUGAAUGGUGCUGAGCCAACCUUGCAUCUGGAGGCAGUGGAGGACAGAAGUCUGUUGAGCAUCAACUUGGACAGCAACAUGGUGCGAUUUCUCUUCUACAAACAGGACACCGGGGUGAACAUCAGCACCCUCAUGUCUGUCGCCUUCCCUGACUGGUACAUUAGCACAGCAGAACAGACCAACAAGCCAGUGGAAAUGUGCCAGCAGUCUGCCAGCCGCUACCAAACCUUCAACAUCAGUGACAUCCCAGAGGAUGUUAAACAUUAGAGUUAAAACCUAAAGACACCCAAAGUGGAUGUGCAUCUGUAAGUCAAGUUUGACCGUCUUAAGAGGAACAUUUGGGUAUUGAACAGAGUAUAAAAUAUACUGCAUUUCAGCUUUUUUGAUUCAAAAAAGGCAACUAACAAUAUUUAUUUUUACAAAAGCACAACCACUGUCUUCUAGAAAAACUUCUGCAAGUAUUACAGAGAGUCUAUUUACUGUAUGUACCAAGUACAGAAAGUGAAAAGCUGGGUGUAUUGACAUAAGUCAAGUUUCACCAGAAGGUGGCAUCAUUGUGCUAUCUGGUGAGCACCUUGUGUAUUUAUUUUGCUGAAUGUCAUGAUACACUGUUAAUGAUUUUAUCUAUUAUUUUAUUUAUCUAUAUUUAUGCAUCAAUUCAACAUGUAUAUUUAUGUAUAACUCUGUUAACUAACAAUUAUUUAAAUUAUGCACUGUGAAAUAUUUAAUAAAGCCUUUGAACUUA